GUAUGGAUAUCCUAUUUCUGCCUCCACAGGGACUCUUGGAGAGUGCUGGUGACGCUUGAACAGGGCACUGCCUUCCACCUUCCUUGCUGAGAACCUCCUGGCAGUGUUUCCCCAGCCAACUGGGGCCACUUGUUUUCUCAGAUCACAGCCUCCAGCGAUCUAGGAGGGAAAGGAGAAGGAAGUCGCCCUCGGACCCAGCCCUGCCGAAAUGUCUGCGCAGAGCCUGUUGCACAGCGUCUUUGCCUGCUCCUCGCCGGCGUCCGGGAGCACGGCCUCGGCCAAGGGAUUCUCCAAAAGGAAGCUGCGCCAGACGCGUAGCCUGGACCCAGCCCUGAUCGGUGGCUGCGGGAGUGAGAUGGGCACUGAGGGCGGCUUGCGAGGCUCCACAGUAAGCCGCCUUGAAUCUCAGCAGCUCCUAGCUGAGGGUCUCGGUUCCCGCUCGGCAUCUUCUCCCCGGAGUCAGCACUCUUGGGCUACCCGGUUCCAGACACCCAGACCUCUAUGCUCGUCUUUCUCCAUGCCCAGUACCCCUCAAGAAAAGUCGCCUUCUGGCAACUUCCACUUUGACUAUGAGGUCCCGCUGAGUCGCAGUCUCAAGAAGAGCAUAGUCUGGGACCUGCCUUCAGUCCUGGCUGGGUCCACGAGUGGCCGAAGUCCUGCAAGCAUCCUCUGUUCAUCUGGGGGAGGCCCCAAUGGCAUCUUUGCUUCUCCUAGGAGAUGGCUCCAGCAGAGGAAGUUCCAGCCCCCACCUAACAGUCGAAACCACUCUUAUGUCCUGUGGAGGUCUGAGGGUGACUUCACUUGGAACAGCAUGUCUGGCCGCAGUGUGCGCCUGAGGUCAGUCCCCAUCCAAAGCCUCUCAGAGCUGGAGCGGGCACGGCUGCAGGAAGUGGCUUUUUAUCAGUUACAGCAGGACUGUGACCUGGGCUGUCAGAUCACCAUCCCCAAAGAUGGACAAAAGAGAAAGAAAUCUUUGAGAAAGAAACUGGAUUCACUAGGAAAGGAAAAGAACAAAGACAAAGAAUUUAUCCCACAGGCAUUUGGAAUGCCCUUAUCCCAAGUCAUUGCUAAUGACCGGGCAUAUAAACUGAAGCAAGACUUUCAGAAGGAGGAACAGAAGGAUGCAGCGGAUUUUGUGUCUUCUCUCCUUCCAUUUGGCAAUAAAAGACAGAACAAAGAACUCUCAAGCAGUAACUCAUCUCUCAGCUCAACCUCCGAAACACCAAACGAGUCCACAUCCCCAAACACUCCAGAACCGGCUCCUCGGGUCAGGAGAAGGGGUGCCAUGUCAGUGGAUUCCAUCACCGAUCUGGAUGACAACCAGUCUCGACUCCUAGAAGCUUUACAACUUUCCUUGCCUGCUGAGGCUCAGAAUAAAAAAGAAAAGGCCAGAGAUAAGAAGCUGAGUCUGAAUCCUAUUUACAGGCAGGUCCCCAGACUAGUGGACAGCUGCUGCCAACAUCUGGAAAAACAUGGCCUCCAGACAGUGGGAAUAUUCCGAGUUGGGAGUUCAAAAAAGAGAGUAAGACAACUGCGUGAGGAAUUUGACCGUGGGAUUGAUGUCUGUCUGGAAGAGGAGCACAGUGUUCACGACGUGGCAGCCUUGUUAAAGGAGUUCCUCAGGGACAUGCCUGACCCCCUUCUCACCAGGGAGCUGUACACAGCAUUUAUCAACACUCUCUUGUUGGAGCCUGAGGAACAACAGGGCACCUUGCAACUCCUCAUCUACCUUCUACCUCCCUGCAACUGCGACACCCUCCACCGCCUCCUACAGUUCCUCUCCAUUGUGGCCAGACAUGCAGACGAUAAUGUCAGCAAAGAUGGACAAGAGAUUACUGGGAAUAAAAUGACAUCUCUAAACCUGGCAACCAUUUUUGGACCCAACCUGCUCCACAAGCAGAAGUCAUCAGACAAAGAAUAUUCUGUCCAGAGCUCAGCCAGAGCUGAAGAGAGCACAGCCAUCAUCGCUGUGGUUCAGAAGAUGAUUGAAAAUUAUGAAGCCUUGUUCAUGGUUCCCCCAGAUCUCCAGAACGAAGUGCUGAUCAGCCUUCUGGAGACAGAUCCUGAUGUCGUGGACUACUUGCUCAGAAGAAAGGCUUCCCAAUCUUCGAGCUCUGACAUACUUCAGUCGGAAGUUUCAUUUUCCAUGGGAGGGAGGCAUUCAUCUACAGAUUCCAACAAGGCCUCCAGUGGAGACAUCUCCCCUUAUGACAACAACUCCCCAAUACUGUCUGAACGCUCCCUGCUGGCUAUGCAAGAGGAUGGGGCCCGGGGGGGCUCAGAGAAGCUUUAUAAAGGGCCAGAACAGUAUUCAUUGGUGGGCCACUUGCCGUUGCCAAAGUUGAAGUCAAGAGAAAGUUCUCCUGGACCAAGGCUUGGAAAAGAUAUGUCAGAGGAGCCUUUCAAUAUCUGGGGAACUUGGCAUUCAACACUAAAAAGUGGAUCCAAAGAUCCCGGAAUGACAGGUUCCCAUGGUGACAUUUUUGAAAGCAGCUCCCUCCGACAGAGGCCCUGUUCCCUUUCUCAAGGGAAUCUAUCCCAGAAUUGGCCUCAGUGUCCAGGGAACCCAAUUGGGCCGGACAGUGGCACUCAGGUAAUUCAGAGGACUCGGACAGCAGCCAUCGUGGAGCAGAGCAGUGUCCACCUUCCGGUGACACAUGUCUGCAGUACCCCCCACAUCCAGGGCAGUGGCAGGGGUCCCAGACGGCCUGCAGCUAGAUCUGAGCCACACUUGUCCCGAAACAGCACUGAAGACCUGCAAGAGGGCAAGAUGGAUGUGGCCUGGCUGCAAAGCCGGGCCGAGAUUGUGUACCAGAGACCUCAAGAGAGUGGCAGAGAUGACAGGCGCCCUCCUCCUCCUUACCCAGGAUCAGGGAAGCCCGCCAUGACUUCGGGCCAGCAGCAUGAAGAAGUUUCAGGAACAGCUACAGAAGAAGGAGGCCAUCAGGCCUCAGGAGAGCAUCCAGCCAGGCAAAAAAAACUGAGCAGCACUUACUCCCCCUCAGCCAGUGAGCAGGACAGGCAGAACUUGGGGGAGGCCAGUUGGCUUGACUGGCAGCAGGAGCGGUGGCAGAUCUGGGAGCUCCUGUCAACUGACAACCCCGACGCCCUCCCGGAAACCCUGGUAUGAGCUUGCCAGCAGCUGGAGCCCGCCCACCCCCCAAAAAAACAUCCUUUUCUGGCCCAGACCCAGAAAACUUGCCAAUAGACAAUUGGACACUUACUCGUUUUUCUUUUUCCACACUUUGAAAAAAAUAACACAAGUGAAAAUCAGCCCACAUACAACAGAGACACUUCUACCCUUGCCAUUUAUACGAUUCUAUUGCAUAGCCAGCCAUAGAAGAAACAAAUGAACAAACAAACAUGACAACAUCCACUUUCAAAACAACACACAUUGGCUCUAUGUAAAAUCAAACUCUUGCUUUGGUAUAGCUUAAUUGUAUUUGUGUGUCUUCAAUUUUUACUAUUGUAUAUUCUGUAACAGUGUAUGUAUGAUGAUCAAUAUGAUAUAUUCACAGAGAAAAUGGUACAAUUUUCUUUUAAAUCACUGCACUUAUAUUACACCAUGAGAUAUAUUAAGCAACGAGAUUCUAUAGUGUUCUAGAAUAUGCACUAGUGGGUUUCUGUGCUUUUGCCAUCGCUUUUUUAACUGGGGACAGCCCUCCCUUCAAUGCCUAAGGAAAAUACUAAUCAAACAAAACAGAAGCCAUAUUUUUUUAUAGUAUUGAGAAACAAAAGUAAAUGUCACCGAAUGCUUUUUUCAUAGUGAAUACGUUUUGAGGAAAUAUUAAAUUUGAUACAUUAUGAAAUAUAUUUUUAGAAUUUGUUUAGAAAGGACUCAGUGUAUCAAAUGAGAGCAUGGUAGUGCCUAACAGUAUUUAAGAAAGUUUCCACCACAUUUUAGGUUAAAUUCAAUUUUAUAAAGCCCUUAUAAUAUAUAUUUAUUACAUGUACCUUUGACAUAUUUUUGAAAACUACAAACUUGAAUCCAAUUAUAAAAUUUUAAAAUCUAAAUACACAUUCAAAUUAUACAUCAUGUUCCCCCCUCUGACCUGUUAUCAAUUUUAACCCAAUUACAAUCAAUUCCUUGUAAAGUAAAUUGUGCCGGAGGGGGGGGCAAAAACGUUACGCCUUUGCGCUUACAUUGUGCCAAAGCCUGAGGAGACGUGUCUUUGAUAAUUUUAUGUGUAUUGUAUGUGUUACUACCAUACUUCAGCAAUUUGAAGUGUUACAACUGCAAAAUCACUUUUGACCAGCAACUGGCAGUUUUCUUCAGUAUUUUCCUUUUUUUUUUCUACAUCAGAAGGGUCAGCGUACUCUACACAAAGAAGGAUAUAUAUAUAUACAUAUAUAUAUGUAUAUAUAUAUAUCCUUACAUCCAUAAUAUGCUACUUUUAAUUUUCAUGUUGGUCAUGAAAUUUUUCAGUGGUGUUUCUUAAAAUUUUAUCUUGU